ACAGGUAUUUUAAUCGGAUAUCUUGGAUGUUUACGUUGGUUGCAUAUUCUGUGUUAAAUUAACAAAUAUGGCGAAAAGAAGGAUUAUGGAUGCCAAAUGCACUGUGAUAAUUUUUGUGUUUUCAUGUUUGAUUGGAACAUUACGUGCAAAUAAAGAUAUAUCGUACAAUAUAGACUCAGUAUCAUUAAAAGAUGCGUCUGUGAUAUCGUUGGAGGAAAGGCAUCGGAGACAGUCUGGUGAUGCUCCAGCACAAGGGGAUACGACUACUGCACCCAAUCUUCUGGACUACAAUAUUAUGCAUGAUGACCAUACCUACUACAGAUCAACGAUGCUUCUUCGUGAGAUGGCGGACAGCUACUGGGUAGAAUUGUUGGACCAAGUUGGCCACACCACACUUUCGGACAGUCAUCGAACAGCAGUGACUGCGAAGCUGCCUUUCCAGUUCCCGUUUUAUGGACACACAGUGACAAAUAUUACCAUAGCAACCGGAGGUUUUAUAUACAUGAGUCCAUUCAUCCACAAGUUUUUGACAGCCACCCAGUACAUAGCGCCGUUGAUGGCAAACUUCGACACAAAAACUGGCGGCAAAAACUCAACAGUGGUAUUUAAACAUGUUGAUCAAAAGUUUGUGGUUGAAUGGAGAGAUGUCCAUCUACAGGACCAGAAUGAUACAGGCACAUUCAGAUUCCAAGUCAUUCUUCAUUAUAAUGGCUCAAUCAUCUUCGUGUACAAAAAGAUGCCGAUUCGGCCGUCCCAAAUUUCAGAUCGGAACCAUAAAGUUGCGUUUGGUUUAUCGGAUGCCUUCUAUUAUGACACCGAAUAUGUUGAUGAUGAUGGCCAAAGCAAAAAGCGUCGUACAAUUUACGAGUACCACCGAGUUGUGCUGAAUACAACAGAGAUACAAGAGGGAACUGUGGUUAUUCUUCAUCCGAAACCAACAUGUAACAGUUUCAAUGACUGCGAGUCUUGUGUAACAGCCAGCAUUGGUUUUACCUGUAAGUGGUGCGGAAUUAUCCAACGAUGUUCCGACAGCGUGGAUUGGCACAGACAGGAGUGGUUGAAGGCUGGGUGUGUCCAUCUGGCAACAGAUAGUGUAACUGAUUGCAUUGUCAUGGAACCAAAUACCACUACAACACCAACAACUACUAUUGCUAUGGAAACUGAGGUGACAGGGGCUUUAAAUUCUACAAGUGCUUCACCUUUUACAACUGGAUCUACUAGAAGUGUAAAAACAGAACCUACCUCUGUGGCUACCAGUGCGACUGUCAAAACAGACACCACAUACAUGCCUACUAACGCAACACUAGAUUAUCACCCAUGUUUUGAUAGGUCUGGGUCCGCCAAUUGUUCGAUGAUUCCCACAAAACAUCCGGAAAAACAAACAGACACAACGAGUGACACUUUACAUUUUGUAGACGAUCACUCCAACAUGCCGAAUGAUGGUGUGGGAACGAAGGUCGCAGUGAUUGUGAUUGUAAUCGUUCUGGUGGUGAUCCUUGUUGGAAGCAUUGCUGGCUGGAUCUACUACGCCUACACCCACCCAACAUCCGCAUCUGGCAUGUGGCUCAUGGAGCACCGUCCAAGUCAGAUGAAGGCUAAGAUGGCAAAUAUGAAAUUCUGGAAGAGUAACGGAGCAGCGGGUGACAAAUACGCUGUUGAAAGCUCUGCGUAACAUUGCAACGUGAUUCUGUGUUGUGAUAGACACGUUAACAUUGCGCAUCAAUUGUGUUUUGGCACAGUCCAUGAAGAUUCUAUUCUGCAAAACUUAAUUUUGUUAUAUUCUGUUUUGUUAUGUUUAUGUUAGUCUUUUACUUUAUGUGUAGUUAUAUUUUUUGAUGAAAAGGGAAAUGAAAAGAUCUGAAAUGUAAUGAAUCUGAAGAAGAAAAAAUAUUUCCAUAUUAAAUAAUAUGCGUGUGUUGCCUUAGAACAUGUUAUAUAGCAUAUAUAACAAUGCCUUUACCUAACUAUAAGGCCAGAUGAAAACCCAUAGCCAACAGGGUUUUUUAUUUGACAAAAAAUGACGCUCUGUGAAAAGUGAUAAGACUUUAUGGGAACUGUUACGAAUUAAAAAUUAAGAUGUGAAAAAUAUUUACAUUUUAUUUUUUUCUGGCUUAAUUAAGGGACAUAAUGAAAUAUGUUUUUUGUCCAUUUUGUAAUCUGAUAAAAUAAUUAGAUACAAUAUUUGAUAACAUAAAAGGGUGUGGAAUAGAUUAUAUUUUAUAAAUUAAGCAGUAUACAUAAUGCUUGUGUUAUGAAAAAAGGAGAAAAAAAACAUAUCCACAAUGUUUUUGUACAUUAUAUUGAUUAAUUUGUUUGUUUGGAACUAUGUAUACAUGGCAUGUAUUAAGCAGACUCAUACCUGUUGAACAGUACUUAAUGAUUAAUGAUUUGUUGCUUUAAGACUGUGAUGAUUUCUGUAAAAUUUAUCUAUUUCAUUCUCAUGUACAAAAUACUUUUUAUAAUUUUCAAACCAAUGAAGAAAUGAUAUUGGAAUUAUUAUCAACCUACUGCAAGUUGUAAGCUGCAUUUCAAGCUGUUAUACAAUUAUCAUUAAUAUAUUGGUACAAAAGACAGAAAUGUCAAUAUUUGUUAUUUUAUAUUUUACUUUGUCAAAAAAACUCACUUGGCCUAUAAUACUCAGGAUUUAAUUAUAAUGUUUUUCUAUGUAUAUAUACUCAUACCGAUAUAGACUAUUUUAAUCUGUUGAUGUUUUCGUUUUUUUAUUAUUUUGUAUAAUACAAUAUGUAAUUCCCCUUUUCAUUAACAAAUUAGUUCAGUUGAAAUUAAAAAAGCCCUUACUCUUGAACCAUUGUUAGCACAUCCAAAAAUAUGAUGAAAGUUUAUGAAUAUGAUACAUUAGUGUAAAUUUAAUUUUGUAUUGUUAACAAUAUACGUAUGUUUUCCUCAAUUGGGAAGCAGUAAAAAGAUGCUUUUAUUGUGAGCCAUCACACAUGCUGGUGAAUGAUUUAAUGUAAUAAUAGUAAAUAAUAUUAUUGUUAUAGCCAUGGCGUCGUCAAAACUUGAUCCUUGGCAAUCAAACUCAAAAACAGUUUGGCACUUUCAAUUGGAACUCCGUACACACAUUUCAAGAGAGAAUAUUCCAAGGCAUAGCAAGAUCCAUAAAUCUGUCUUUAAUUAUUAUUCAGUUAUGCACUCUUUUCGACUGUAAAAUAACAGAUGAACGUUUGGGUUCCUUUACCUGGCAAACUUGUCAACUUUAGUAUGAUAUAAACAACAACAUAUUGAAUGUACCUCAUUUUACAUGUAUUGACUCUGUCAUUCCAGAAUCUAACAAAUAACUCAAUGUUCCUUAAAUCCGGACAUGAUAUUUGGUUGUCGGUAGAUAAUGAUGACACCAUUAUAUAUUUUGUUAACAAGUUCAAAGACAAAUUAACAUACAAGAAGGUCUCCAUUUUCUAUUACAGUUGGGCAAAUUGUUUUUUUAGUGAUUUCCAUCCACAUCUAUUGAACAGAACAUACUUUUUUGUAAAACAAUGAUUCAGCAAAAAAGGCGAUGAUUUAUUGGACAAUCAAGUGUAUGGUUAAGUAAAUGGGCAGGGAUUUAUUGGACAAGCAAGUGUAUGGUUAAGUAAAUGGGCAAGGAUUUAUUGGACAAGCAUUUUGGUGACAAGUAAUGUUUUGGUUAAAGGGACUCGCUCAUGUUUUUGCAACAAUUUUUCACCCUGGUUAUACAUCUGAUGACACUUGUAUAAUGAUUAUCUUACUCUCUGGUACCGGAAUUACAGAAAUGUAUUGGUAAUACAUCUGAUGACAGUUGUAUAAUGUUUAUCUUAUUCUCUGAUACCGAAAUUACAGAAGAAAAUACUAUUUAAGUAUAAAAUGAAAUAUUCUGGUUUUAGUUGGAAACGAACCACCUUGGAACACUAAAGGAAAAAUGAGAAAACUUGUUGAAAAGUGUACCUAACGCUUUUCAAAACCCUGGACUUUUGUCAUACGAAACAAGUGCACUUUACAAAAACAAGAGCGAGACCCUUUAAUUUAUUUAUGGGAAAACGAGAAGUUUUUGAGUCAAAAAAGAAAUUUAUGGACAGGGAGUUAUUUGUUGGAUUCAAAAUUGUGUUGCUUUAUAGUUUGUUCUCAUAUGUAUGGCAAUGUUGCUUUCUUAUCACUCAAACACAUUUAAAAUGAAAAGUUCGUACUAAAGAAAUUGUAUAUUAUUGUGUGAAUUUUUUGUAUUUUCAAUUCAAAUUGUAUGUCUACUUAUUAUCAAAUCAAGUAGUCAGUCCUGUAAAUGCACAUAUACAAUACAUAUCGUUAGUGUGAAUGCCCUUAAAAAGUUGUCAAAUUGUUUGUGUAAAACUUCUACUGUACUGCAUAUGUGUUUAAGUCCACUUGGGCUCCACAAUACUUGAACUUGAAUAUGAAUGCAAAUACAAGAAAGAAAUGGAACUGUAAUGCUUCAAACGAGUCUGUCUUGAGCGUUUUGCAUUAAUUGUUAUUAUUUAUGCAUUUAAAACGAUCGUUGACAAACCAAUUUGCCAAUAACGACAAAUUUUCAUUGAGGCAGAAUUAGGGUUAGGGUUAGGGUUAGUAUCACAACUUCUUGUCAAUACAAUCUGAAUCUAUGGGAAAAUUUAAUUGAGCCAAAUUGAUAUAUUACCGUUAUCAUCGGAUAUCCCAAGUACUCUAUAAUCCUCAACAUGUUCUGUGGGAAAAUGACUGGCAAAAUAUUGUUUCCUUCGCAGGUAAAAAUCCUUGUGAAGUUUUGAUUAGGGAAGUUUCAGCAUCAUAUUUAUGCUACAGAUAUAUAAUCCCCAGAAGCUUUGAGUUGGAAUCGUUCCUGAUAAGAGCAAAAAUAGUAUAGCUGGAAGGAUCAAAUUUCUUUAAAUUCACAUUGUUUUCAUUUCUUUUCGUUUAUAUGAAACUUUGUCAGUCAAUACUCCAAAGGUACUUUUGUAGUGAAAACAGAAUGUGUACCAUAGGUGAAGAAGGAUUUUAUUUUCCUAUGGUUGUGAUUAUAAGAAUUUUGUAUAUAAUGUUGAUCAUUCAAGCAGAAUGUGUUUAUGGAAGUUAUUUUCUGUGAAUGUUUGCACUCGUGUAACUUAUUUGUUGAAGAAAUUAAUUGAAGAGUUUAUGAGUGAAAGUGAAACUGUUCUAUCUGGUUAUUAUAUAUCUUGUCAUGUAGAACUUUACACUUGCAUCAAUUAUUAACCAAUAGGCCGAUUGUGCAGAACUGUUUUACAAUUUACAAAAUUCAAGUACACAAAACCACUGUUAACCUUUUAAAAGGUGAUUUUUUUAUUUGCUUAUAUAUUUGGAAAGAACAAGUAGAGCUGAAUCUUGGUAAAACUAUUACAGAUCACAGAUGUAUCCAUCAAACAAUUAUGGCUGUGAAGAAUUUUAACAAAGUUCUGAACAAUCGGUUCAUUGGCUGUUGCCUUUUACUGAACUGCUGGUUUCGUGACUAUUCAAAAUAUUUUUUUUGUAAAAUUAAUUAAUUAUUUUUGAAAACAAUUAUUUACAUACUUGAAGUUCUGUAAUUUUGACUUUUCAAUUUAUAUCUUAUGAAUAUUACCGUACCCUGUGUAUACGGACAGGGCCGAAGAUGGCAAAUACAUGCAAUGGAUUGAUAAAUAUAACUCUGAAAGGUACCGCUUUCUGAUGACUGGUUUCUUAACUUUCCUAAACUAAGUUCAUAGGGUCAAGAAAAAAAAUAUGCGAAUUGUAAUUUUACUGUUAGCUUUUGAAGUAUAAACCCAGAUAAGAAAGAGCCGAGCAACUGACAACCAUAACUCUGGUUUUUAAUAUAUGUUAUAAUACUCACAGAUGAAAUAAUUGAAACGUUUUGCAAUUAUUGCAGUAAUAUUGACUUUGAAAAUUGUGACAGAUGUCUAUAUAUAUUUUUCAACAACAUGCAGUUUUUACAAAAUUGUGCAUACGAGCAUUUGUGAAAUUUAACGUUUUUGAUAUAAAAAUAGUGUUGGUAUAUAUGAAUUUUGAUAUUGGGCAAUGUUUGUUUACUCUGAUUGUGCAUUACAUUUACUAUUAUUAAUAAAACAUUUACUUUA